CUUGGACUGGAGCCAAUCAGCUGUCAGAGGACCGUGAUAAAUCGCAAUGCAUUAUUGAUAAUAAUAAUUACGUUGACAUGCGCAUUUCUACUUGAGGGGGCUAAUUUUUUUCCCCGAGCCGAAGAAUUUGUUGAAGAAGGAGAGGAAAAAUUAUUGGCAACUCUUUGCUCCUGAUGGUUGCACCAUGUCGAGGCGCAAGCAAGCCAAACCGCAGCACAUCAACUCCGACGAGCCCGGGUCGUUAGAGAAUGGGAUUCUUCCGGACGAUCAAGCUGAGGAGACUGAAAAUGAAGUGAAGAGGCUCAGAAUGGACGAGACCAGGGUCUGCACCAAAUGUUGUGCCGAAUUCUUUGACGAAGCAGAAUUUCUUGAGCAUGAGAAAAAUUGCACUAAAAGUCAGCAGGUGGUCAUCAUGAAAGAAGGAGAUGGCAACGAAGUGCCUGAGGAAUAUUCACAAGGCUCUCCCGAAGGCCUCACAAGUGACCACGACGACAGCCAGUCCAGCAGUCACUCCCUAUCGAAUGUCAACACAGACCAUCUGGAGAGAACGGAGGAGGAGUCCAGUAUGAAUGCAGAUGAUUCGUCACAACAGGAUCAGGCGGAGAUGCCUGCGAGUCCUGCGAUGAGUUUCCAGCCAUCACACAAAAUGCAAGACACAAAUGUCACUCUUGAAACCAUCGCAGACACCAAAGUGGCUGUCGCCCAACAUUAUUCGAAUAAUACAUCUCUGACCUCGUCGCAAGAAGCCCUGCAGGCCAUCCCAAUGAUCCUGGAACAGUUAGUGUGCCUCCAGCAACAGCAGCUGCAGCAAAUCCAGCUGACAGAACAGAUUCGAAUCCAGGUAGCCAUGAUGACUCCACAGAGUCUCCAGUCAUCAGUAGGGGCAGCAAUGGACCCUCUCAAAGCCCUCGGUGCACAUCUCUCUCAACAGCUGUCUGCUGCAGCAGCUCUGAUAGGAAAAAGGACUGGCAGUCAGAACCUUUCUCUGGAGACAAUGAAGCAUGGUAAACUACCUCUGCCCACCAGCAUCCCUACCUCUCUACCUGGAGGACUGGGUUCUCUGACUUCUAAAACAGACAUUUUGAAGGGCAUUCAAGACCUGCCGAACCGUUUACCAGCACAACUGCAGCAUUCACCAGGUGUCAUGGGUUUCUCCAGCACCUUUAAUGGUAUCCAAGCAGGGAAUGAGGCCUCCAAAAAAGUGAAGACGAAGAUGCUGAACCCCCCACUGGAAUCAAAGAGUGGUGACUCAAUAUACAAGCACAAGUGCAAGUACUGCGGAAAGACCUUUGGCAAUGACAGCGCUCUCCAGAUUCACUUGCGUUCUCACACUGGCGAGAGGCCCUUCAAGUGUAACAUCUGCGGGAACCGCUUCACGACCAAAGGAAACCUCAAAGUGCAUUUCCAGAGACAUAGAGACAAGUAUCCUAACAUCAGCAUGAACCCCCAUCCUGUGCCGGAGCACCUUGACAACAUUCCCACCAGCAGUGGCAUUCCCUUCGGCAUGUCUGUGCCCAUGGACGAGUCAAAUCUGACUGACGUCAAGCCUAUGCUCGGCCAUCCUGCUGCUGGCUUCCACCCGUCACCUGUACCAGGAUUCAAGACAACAUUUGACAGCUUUGCAGGGGAACCAUUUUCCCAGAGACCCUCCCCAUCAACAAGUGAUGGCUCCCCAUCUGUUUCCUCUGUGUUUGGCCAAGAGCCAGGAGUGGAUCCGAAUCACAAGGAUGCUAAAGAACUGCUCGGAGCGCUGCAUCACAUGAACAGUAACACCCUCAUAGCAGAACAGAGCUCUGGAACCGCAAAACUUCAGCAGAUGGUGGAUGGCCUGGACAAGAGGACCAAUGACCCCAACGAGUGUUUAAUCUGCCAUAGGGUGCUCAGCUGCCAGAGCUCACUCAAAAUGCAUUACCGUACACACACCGGUGAGAGGCCCUACAAGUGCAAAAUCUGCGGCCGUGCAUUCUCCACCAAGGGUAACCUGAAGGCUCAUUACGGAGUGCACAGGGCUAACACUCCUCUUAAGAUGCAGCACUCGUGUCCCAUCUGCCAGAAGAAGUUCACUAACGCCGUGGUUCUGCAGCAGCACAUUCGCAUGCACAUGGGUGGGCAGAUCCCCAACACCCCGAUGCCAGACAACCAAUAUGAAGCAGCUGAAACAAUGGAGUCAUCUCUGUCAGAGGAGAAAUCUAUGGAUAUCAAUGGAUUUGAAGCAAGCAUGGAGGAUCAGGAGCCAGAGCUGAACUCCCAGAAGCCAAACGAUGCCUCCGAUUCCCUCCCACCUGCCUCUGAGGAACAACAGAAGCACACUGCCCCCGCCGUGUUUUCCAGCCUCGACAUUUUGAAGAAUCUCACCUCUGCUCUUGCACUGAAACGACAGAGUAGCACCGCAUCGGAAAGUGAGGGAACAUCAAAAGAAUCCCCAUCAGCUCCCAGAGAGCAGGAAUAUCAGAACGGCCGCAGUCCUGCCAUUUCUGACUCUGCUGUGUCGUUUCACUCCUCUUCCCCACUAAACAAUAUGAGCAGUAGCAAGUCUCCUGAGUCUGCUGGUGAUGACUAUGCCCGCAGCGUGUCAAAACCAGAGUCUGAUGGCGGUGCUCAAGGUGGCUCUGAGUCAGGCGGGGCCCUCGACCUCACCGCUUCAAGCAGCUUCACCCCCAAAGCGAUCAAAGAAGAGCCGGGCAUGCCGUUCACAAAUGGAGAUUAUGUUCCCAGUAACAUGUCCUUCAUGAGGAUGCCAUCAAGUCUGGCCAGCCUGGAGAUGAAGAUUCCUCCAGAGAAUCACAUGGGCCCUCAUGGGUUGUUCAACUCACAUAUGCCUCAGGGAACAGCCAUGCCUUCGUCCAUCUCCGCUGCACCACGACGAUCAGCCAAACAGCAUGUCUGUAACGCCUGUGGCAAGAACUUCUCAUCUGCCAGUGCCUUGCAGAUCCAUGAGCGCACUCACACAGGGGAGAAGCCAUUUGCCUGCAACCUCUGUGGCAGAGCUUUCACCACUAAGGGAAAUCUAAAGGUGCAUAUCGGCACUCACAUGUGGAACAAUACGUCGCGGCGUGGCCAGCGUCUAUCUCUGGAUAACCCCAUGGCGCUGAUGGCAAUGAGCUCCGAAGCUAAGAUGUUGCCAGAAAUUAUGCAGGCCCCCAAAGAGCUGGGUGCUCCGCCAAUGAACUUUGACCAGUCUCUGUGGAACCAGUAUGCUGCUGCCUUCAGUGGGGGCUUGACCAUGAAGGCCAAUGAAAUUUCAGUCAUUCAGGGUGGUGGUAUCCCACUUCCUGGAAGCCCUGCCGGUGGGCCUCUGAUCGGAUCCACCGGAGGCCUCGUGAAGAUGGAUGGAUCCCACUCCGGCCUGCCUGCCACCAUGGCUGAAAUUGAGAAGAACAGCUCAGAGAGCGUGCCAAAAUCACAGUUCCCACAUUUCAUGGAGGAGGGUAAAAUUGCAGUUAAUUAGGCUUUUUCAGUGAAUUCACCACCUGAACUCAGCUUUUGAAUGUCUCCUUUCCGAAUGAGGUACAAUCACUUUUCAAAGAACCUUAUAGAAUCUGCUGAGAUUGGUUGAAUUAUUCCAGUAACGUCAUCGCAGCUCUCUCCCCUCCUGAUCUGAACAAUUCUCAAGUGUUAUUUUUAGUUGAACUUGAUAUAACUACUGUAGUUGUAUUUUUAUUUUAUAUAAAUAUAUAUGCGGGUAUUUUUUUUUUUCCUGUGACUUUUGUUUUGCUGUCUAUCCAGAAGUUUGAAUGUAUAACUUGAAACACUUGAAACUGCUUUAAUUCAGACCGUCUCCUCGAUGCUUUUUGAAGGAUUUCGACUCUAAUAGGAAGUUUCAGGGCAUGACUCUUUAAGGACACCGUGUCUCAGUGCUCAGAGAUAAUGGUUUAGUUAACCGUAUGUAUCUAGAAUGACUACUUUCCCUCCUAUUGUGUGCCAUAGGUUUUAUGACAUUGUACAUUUUUUGUAGUGGUAAAUGUCAUUAGCGUGUCUCAUUUUGAAGGGGCUUUUGAUCAGACUGACAGAUUACUCCAGUGUCUUGUUCAUUAAAUAAAGGUGCAACAGUUCAGUCAUCAGUUUCGGGUUACAAAAUAGGCUUUCAUCGUUGAUGCAUUGGUGCUAAGAUACAGUAGGUAAUGACUCAAACCUUUUGCCAAGUGCCUAAUUUGAAUUGUACAAUGUUGCUGUUGUCUUUCACUGCAUCAUCAGGUCGUUAUGAAGGCUCUGUUUGACUAAGAAAUUAGUGUGUUGUACCGUUUAACAUUGUAUGUUAUAUUUUCAUGGGUUUACAAAAGUCAAUUUCCCUCCUGACAUAUUCCACUUCUUCUUUAGAGUCAAAUUUAGUUGGCUGAGCUCUGAAGGCUGUUGUAUGCUUCAUGUUCUCAUGCCUGCACUUUAUUUCAGGUUUUAGUUCCAUUUCCAUUUAUAGUUACAUUUCACUGCUUUUACUGUGAUGGCUGAACGGGGAAAAGGGCAAAUCAACUAUUUUGUUAACUUCUCCUUCUUGUCAUAUUUUGUGUGAAACAACCAGUUAGAGUAAUUGUCAGACUUUUUUUUCCUAGGUUAUCGUAUCAGUUUUGUAGCGUCAUUAAUUUAUUUAUAAUUCACAAAAUGCUUGAGGUUAGGGGGUAAGUUCUACCUCGUUUAGAUUUUAGUUGUCCUCCGCGCCCCCUACUCUCAACGCAGCGUUCUGUACAUUUUCCGAUACAUUCUUGAGUUUACGACGAGAUUUUUCAUUCUCAACCUGCUGAGUUGAACGGUAAUGAAUGUAUCACUGGACACUUUACACAACUCAGAAUAGUCAGAUUACUUUGUGGGCCCCUGCUGUACAUUCCUUAUCGAUAUGCAUUUGCCAAGUUGUGCCUUUCUUUAGCAAACCAUGUCAAAACUGCUUUCAAGUUGGUCUCUACAAUUCAAGUGAUGUUGAGCCAAUUUGGCCUGUUUACAAUGUAAAUGUCUUUUUUCGUUUUGUUUUUCAAAUGUUUCCUACACCUAAAUAUUUUCUGAUUUUGAGAAAUAAAAUCAGGGUGACUUUUUCAAUAUUUUUC